AGAUUAGUUAGUUUACGGAGUUCUUUACUAAUGAACACAACUCGUCCGCUACACGUAAAAGUCGCACGUGCUAGCUUAGGUUACAACUUCAACAUCGAGGCGCAGUUAUCUUGCUGUCCCGGUUUUAUGAUUAUUUUAUGGUUUCUAGCAACGUUUUCUUCUAAAUGCCCCCAAAAAACAAUUUCAACAAAAAUAAAACCCUGAAGUACAUAUUAUAUAACACAUCCAUGGUUUUGUUGGAGCUAGUGAGAAAUAUUGACUGUACAUACAAAUACACUGUCCGGCCAAAAACAAGUCACCACCACCGCGGUGAAGUUGGCUUGCAGUUGGAGUUUGGAAAUUCCAGACAUUGGUUCUCACGGUCAACGGUAUCCCUUAAUCAAAUCCCUUAAUUUAUGAAAAAAAUCCUAAUAAAAAAGAUCAGAUAGUGUGAAAUGUGUUAAAAUUGUUGUGUCAGAUGAAUUUUGGGCCAUUUAGGCAAUUAUUCUGGAAGCUUUUGAUUUUUUUUUGUACUCGUUUACAAAGGACUACAAAUUUGUUGAUAGUCCCUAAGCGACCCACCGUUACCCUUGGCGAGUCCUCGGAACUCUGCUAACCGCCGUCUGUGCCGGUGUUGUGCCAUAAAUCGACUCACUGCCAAAAAAUGAUUAGCUUAGUUUUGUCCAGUUCGGAAGUUGUUUUAAGUGUUGCUAUUUGUCUUAAACGUUCGCAAUGAGGAUAUAUUAAUCCUUUUUGCAAUAUUUGCGAUUGAAAGAUGGUUUGUGGUAAGAACUGGCUUUCUUUAUGUUACGGCCUUGAUACUAAAAAAAUAAAUAAACAAUGUAAAAUGGCGCCCUGUAUUGAAUGUAAACGUUGUAUAAAUGUAAAUAAACAAUUCUCCAGCGAUUUGAUUUUUUCCCCUUCCUUUCUUUAGUGGCUAAUAAUUUUUUGGCAGCGAGUCGAUUUAUGGCACAACACCUGAACGCACGGCUUAAAGAGUGGGGACCAGUGUCUGUUGAAUAUUCAACUUCCAAAUUUAAGCUAACUUCACCGCGGUGUCACAACCUGGAUUUAACUACGCAAACCGCACAACAUGUUUAAUGCUCCUAGGGCCACAAUGAAACCAUCCAAGAAUAAGAAGUCAUCACAUCAUGGCUCCAAUUCCAGUGAAUCCAAAGAAAUUCACAUUGAUGAAGGAGUCAAGAUCGCAGUGAACCUCUCUUUGGAGAGGUUUUGCUACAGUGACCAGAAAGAGUUGGAGUUUCCAUCCUCAUUUACCAGUACAGAGAGGGCGUUUGUCCAUCGACUGGCUCAAUCUUUUGGGUACAUUUCUAAAAGCAAAGGAAAGGGAGCAAGUCGCUUCUUGACUGUAAGGAAAAAGGGUGUUUCGGCCAAGUCUGUGCGGAGCAUAUUCCUCACACUCUCGCCCAGUUCCUCAUACUUCAUCCGCAGUCUGCUUCAGAGGUUCCCCGGCAGUAAGAGGGAGCGCGCAGACAUGCAGCCCAACAUCAGAAGUGGCAUGGCGUUGGCUGCAGAAACAGAAAACGGUUUUGACAGGAACAGGGCGAGUGGGCGCCUGAACAACGGCAUUCCUAUGGUCCCUCAGAAGAGGACUCCAUCAGACCUAGACAGCUUUCGGUGCUCACUGCCCGUGUACGAGCAGCAGGAGAGGAUUGUCCAGCUGAUCAGAGAAAACAGAGUGGUACUUAUUGUGGGAGAGACCGGCUCUGGUAAAACUACUCAGAUUUCACAGUAUUUGCUUGAUGAUAGCAGCAGGAAAGGACAGCCCUGCAGGAUUUUCUGCACUCAGCCCAGACGCCUUGCUGCUAUUGCCGUAGCUGAGCGAGUGGCAGCCGAGAGAGGGGAGAGCGUGGGUCAGACUGUUGGUUAUCACAUCAGACUGGAGAGCAGGGUUUCUCCAAAGACUCAGUUGACCUUUUGCACAAGUGGAGUCCUCCUCAGAACGCUGAUGGCAGGAGACACCAGCCUUACGACGGUCACUCAUGUCAUUGUGGAUGAGGUGCACGAGCGUGAUGGCCUGACUGACUUCCUGCUCACUAAGUUGCGAGAUGUGCUGCAGAAGAUUCCCACGCUUAAAUUAAUCCUCUCCAGUGCAGCGUUGGAUACAGACCUGUUUCUUCAGUACUUUGGCUUCUGCCCUGUAAUCCAGCUGAAAGGAAGACAGUUUGAUGUGAAGGAACUGUUUUUGGAGGAUAUUUUGAGGCUGACCGGAUUUAACAGAAAGGACGUCUCAAAAUACGCAGAGGAGACGCAGAGACAGGAGAAAAAGCAAAAAUGUUUGACGGAGUGGUGUGAGGCAGUGGAGUUAUGUGCUGAGGACAAACGGAACAACCAGAUGUCAGCACCCUCCUUCCUUCAUGAUGGGGACUUUGAGGAUGAAGAGGACAGCAGCGUCUACAAGCUGGACAACGACGGUGCUGAGCAGCCUGAACCCUGGCUGGUGAAGGAGAUGGACUCCUGCAUUUCCAACAUUUUUCUACACAACGACCAGGAGGCUUUCAGUCAGCUCCUCAACCUCAUCCUCAAUGAAUGUAUUCCUGUGGACUACAUGCACAGUGAGACGGGGUCCACGGCCUUGAUGGUGGCAGCAGGAAGAGGAUUCACGUCACAGAUACAGCAGCUGCUCAGUCUGGGGGCUGACAUCAACUUGAAGGCUGCUAACGGAUGGACAGCCUUGGACUUUGCUAAACACUUCCAACAGACAGAAGCUAUGGAUUUUCUCCGAUCUUCCAUACCUUUAGUGGAGGGGAGUGAGCUGGAGGAUGACGCUCUGAUGCAGCAUGGAGCCCCAGAGCUGAACGCUGAAGAGCAGGAGCUUCUCAGAGUGUACCACCACAGCUUUGAUGAUCAGCGGGUGGAUCUGGAUCUCAUCAUGACCCUGCUUCACAACAUUUGCUCCACCACCAGUGAUGGUGCUGUUCUGAUUUUCCUCCCUGGAUACGAUGAAAUAGUGUCCCUCAGGGACCGUAUCAUGUUUGCUGAUAAAGGAUUCUUCACAAACCCUGAUAGCUACCAGGUGUUGACUUUACAUUCAGACAUGCAGACUCUGGAUCAGAAAAAGGCAAUGAAGCCUUCGCCACCUGGAAUCAGGAAGAUAAUCCUCUCUACUAACAUUGCUGAAACAAGCAUCACCAUCAAUGAUGUGGUCUUUGUCAUUAACUCUGGAAAGGUCAAAGAGAAAUCCUUUGACACACUCAGUCGUGUCUCCAUGUUAAAGACAGUUUGGGUGUCCAAAGCUAGUGUUCUGCAAAGAAAAGGAAGAGCUGGGCGAUGUCAACCAGGAGUUUGCUUCCACCUCUUCAGUCGGCUCAGGUUCAACAACAUGCAGGAGUUCCAGGUUCCUCAGCUGCUGCGGAUGCCGCUGCAGGAGCUUUGUCUGCAGACCAAGCUGCUGGCUCCUUCCUGUCCAGUACAUGAAUUCUUGUCCAGAGCUCCUCAGCCACCUCCUUCACAUGCAAUCAAGAGUGCUGUGCAAAUGCUAAAGACCAUAGAUGCUCUGGACCAGAACGAAGACCUGACUGAUCUGGGCUACCACCUGGCUGAUCUGCCUGUCGAGCCUCAUCUGGGCAAGAUGGUGCUUUGUGCUGUUAUGCUCAAGUGCCUUGACCCCAUCCUCACCAUUGCUUGUACGCUGGCCUAUCGGGACCCUUUUGUCCUCCCCACUGACGGCUCUCAGAAAAGAGCUGCUUUGGAGUCCCGCAGACGAUUCACCUCCAACAGCUUUAGUGACCACAUGGCCCUGCUUAGAGUGUUCCAGGCAUGGCAGAAGGCUCGCAGUGAUGGAUGGGAGAGAUCCUUCUGUCAGAAGAACUUUCUGUCUCAAGCUACAAUGGACAUGAUCCUUGGCAUGAGGACGCAGCUCUUAGGACAGCUUCGUGCUAUUGGUUUUGUGCGGGCGCGUGGGGGCAGCGACAUCCGUGACGUGAAUCUUAACUCUGAAAACUGGGCCAUGGUGAAGGCAGCCCUGGUGGCUGGCAUGUAUCCAAACCUGGUCCACAUCAACAAGGAGACGUCUGUCUUCUCCAGUAACAGAGAGAAGAAGGUCCACUUCCAUCCUACAUCUAUUCUGAGCCAGCUUCAGAGCAGCACCUCCAAGUCAGCCAAGACUCUUCCCACAGACUGGCUGAUCUACGAUGAGAUGAGCCGGGGUCACAGGAUGGCGAGCGUCCGCUGUUGCACCCUGGUGACAUCCAUCACAAUCGCCAUUUUUGCAGGAUCUACCCAACCUUCAUGUUCUGGCCUCCAAGAACCAACUGUACACAAAACCAACGACGGUCCUCUGGAUGACCUGAGUGACAGCGACUCGGAAGAGCUGACAGAAAUGAAGAUAGAUGACUGGCUCGUCUUCCAGCUGGAGCAAGAGAAUGCAGGACUGGUGUCUGAACUGAGACAUAAGUGGCAGAGUUUGUUCUUAAAGAGGAUCCGCAGUCCCUCAAAACCCUGGUCUCAGCAGGAUGAGGCCAUCAUCCAGACCCUGGUGUCUGUGCUGGGGGCACAGGAGCAGGAAGCUGGCUUGCAGCAGCCUGCUGGGAUCGGUCAGCGGCCCAGACCCAUGUCCUCAGAGGAUGGACCGCAGACCUCUGUGGGGACGUCCAAGAGCAGGCUUCAGCCUGCCACAAGCACCACAAACGAAAGGCUUCACCAAAUGGCCUUCUCAGACCUGUUGAAAAAAAACACCCAGAGCAAAGAUGGUGCCUCUGUGGCUUUGAAUCAGCUCUCUGAUGGUCCUCUUUGUCCCAGUCCAUCCUGCUCUGGAACUCCAGGGAGCCCCCUCGACUCGCUCUGGUCUUCUUCAUUAAGAAAGACUUUACCGCAGACCGUCCUUCCGUCGGUUCGAUAUUUUGUGAUGAAGAGCAGCAACGCCAGAAACAUAGACAUCUCUCAGGAGAAGGGCAUCUGGUCUACGACUCCCAGCAAUGAGACCAAACUCACUAAGGCCUUCAUGGGGCAUAACCUCAUCAUCCUCAUUUUCUCUGUUCAAGGCUCCGGACAUUUCCAGGGCUACGCUCAUAUGACAUCAGCCGCCAGCCAGGAGAGCUGCCAGGACUGGGGCUUUGUGGGACUAGGAGGGGGUUUCAGUGUGGAGUGGGUCCAUAAGGAGAGCCUUCCUUUUCACCUCACCCAGCACAUCCUCAACCCCUGGAACGACAACAAGAAAGUCCAGAUCAGCAGGGAUGGACAGGAGCUGGAGCCCCAGACUGGCAGCCAGCUGGUCUUACUGUGGGAUCAAAACUUCAGGAAGCAGCUUCAUUGACAUCUGAGUCCUCAUCCGGCUACUGCUCUACUGACCACAUGGAGCCAUGACGGAAGAAUGUUUUACCUGUUCAGGUUCGGUUUGACAUGUUUUAUGUCUCUUGUUCAGCAGUGCUUGUUGUAAACGAAGAGGAGCAGCUCAGUUUGGAUUGUUUGUUCAGUUACUGCACAUGUAUUUUAAUGUGGAUGUUUUUUUCUAUAAACUUGAUGUUCACACUAGCAGAAGGUAAAAGGGUUUGAUUGAACGUACCAGGAUGUGUUUUUGUUCACUGACAUUUUUUUAAUGUGUUUGAGACCUGCAGCACUUUAAUGAAGUUAUUUGUUAUGAUUGUGCUGGCAGAAAGACAAAGAUGUGAUUCGUUUUAACUAGAAGGCCAUUGUCAGGUUUGUCAGAUGUCCGCAGCAGCCAAAGUUUCUCUGCAGAAUAUACGCUGCUUUUCCAAGAGUCAGGGCAUUCCUUAUAAAACUGUGAAAUGUUCUAAAAUAAAUAAACUUUAUGAACCAAAGUAA